CGAGACAAUAAAAUUUUGGUCCAAUUAAAUGCUUAGGGGCCGUCCGUCAACGAUAAUACAAGAGGCUCAAAUGAAAAAAAAUGAUAUCUGCACUUCCAAUCAUCUGUUAUUCGCAUCUUCCUUCUACUUCGCCUGGCUACCCACCACUCCACCGCCCUGGCGCCUUCUUCCCCUGCCUCCCUGCAACAGUCCAGGGUCCAUCGCGCUGCCGCACAGAGUCCAUGCCCUGAAGCCUGAAUAUUCGGAUUUCCGCGAUCACCGACCAGACGAACACCGCUUCGGCACUCGUCGCCUCCGCGCCUCACUCAGGCACUCAGCCAGAGCCAGAUAUUAUUUGUAAAAGAUUAUGUCUUUGCGUAGGCUUUCCCUUCCACGGCUUCUCCUUAACAAUGUAGGUUGCAUGAGAAAUGCACAACAAAUUCUUCGUCAUGUUAAUGUUACGCUCCAUGACGGUGGGGCUCUUGUAUUGACAGGCACAAAUGGUUCUGGAAAAACCACCUUUCUGCGCAUGUUAGCCAGUUUCGCAAAACCAUCUGCUGGUGAGAUACUAUGGAAUGGUCAUGACAUCACCAGUUCGGGUGUCGUUGAGCAAUACAAACUUCAGCUCAACUGGCUUUCCCUGAAGGAUGCUGUGAAGGAAAAGUUCACGGUCCUAGACAAUGUUCAGUGGUUUGAAGUGCUUGAAGGGAAGCAGGGGAAGUCUUUGCCGUCUUUAGAAACUGUGGGGUUGGGGAGAUUGGCAAAUGAGAAGUCAAGAAUGCUCUCCAUGGGUCAAAGGAAAAGGUUACAGCUUGCUAGGUUGUUGGCUAUCGAUAGGCCAAUUUGGUUGCUUGAUGAGCCUUCGGUGGCAUUGGAUGAUGAUGGUGUGAAGAUACUGGAGUCCAUCAUAGCCGAUCACAGAAAGAAGGGCGGGAUUGUCAUUGUAGCCACACAUCUACCCAUUAAGAUUGAGGACGCUAUGCAUUUGAGGUUGCCUCCCAGGUUCCCGCGAAGAAUGACAUUGGUUGACAUGCUCGAUCGUGGUGGAUUGGACUGAUUCUACUCUGGUAGCAGUGGGAGCUGUUAUGGAAAGGAAGCUAUGCAACUUAUGUUUGAGACGCCACUGACUAUAUUCCACACUGAAGGCUAUGGAAACCUUGGUUUUUUCCAUUAUUUUAUUGCACAGAAUAAGGUGGUAAGAAAAUUGCUUCCAGGAAGUCGGUGAUGACUUGAGGGGCAGUAGUUAGGUAUUUUUGUGGGUGAGUCCGUGUAUGGGGAGGAAAAACUAUUUUUUGUUCAAAAGUAUUCUAAUAUUUUAUCAUAAAUGUAGUACUUUUAUGGUCACUCCGAACUCGUGCAUAUGAAUGUAUUUAUGUACUAUCACUGGUAAGCCGAUCUCAGUAUUGAUCUCUAAUUUUAUGAAUCAAAUUUGGUCAUAUUUAGUUUCAGUUUUUGUUAUUCAAUUGAGC